GGUGGCAGGCAGCAGGCACAGCCGCUGUUCAUUCCUCACACUGCCACUUCUGUGCUGCGCAGCAGCAGCCGAGGAUUGCGUGGAGCAUGAGGGCGGCGCCGUGGGCCGGGGACCUCUGGGUGCUCCUGAGCUACCUGUGCUGCUGCCUCCUGGCAAAUAACACAACAGCAACAAUAUCACAGUCUCUGCUGACCCAAGGAGACACCACUGCAGCAGGAGGAAACGCACCACCACUCUCCAGUAUCCACAGCACACUUCCAACGGCAUCAGAAGUCCUCCCUGGGAUAAGUGCCACAGGUUCCUCUCCAGGAAGCACAGGGCAUGUGUCCCCGCCUACAACCGGAAGUCUCAUUCCCGUCACCUCAGGCACCUCAGUAACAACAGCUCUAAAUGGACUGUCAGCAGCACCAGCCUUCAGCACCUCAUCCCAGGACACAUCUCCAUCUCCUCAGGGCCAGCAGGCUAAAGGUGUGGAGACCACCAGAGAAUCUCAAGCCAGGAGCCUCACAGAAGUGACCUCGUCAGUUCCUCCGUCCUCCCCAAGUGGAAAUGCUCUGAUAGAGACAAUCUCUCAAGAAGUAUCCUCUCCAUUGCAAGCCGCCACCUCAUCUCCUUCCAAGGUCAGCAGCACACACUCCACGACAUCAACAGUAGACACCAAGACAGACACCACUCUACUCUAUUCCAUUCUUCCGUUCCAGAACAAUUCCCUGCCUAUAACUACACGUGUCACUCCUGUCAGCACAGGAGUCUCAAUGACAACUGUUUCAGGACAAUCAACAGCACCCUCAUCCAGUGACUUUCCUCAGAAUCAACAGAGUCAAAGCAUGGAGGCCACCAGAGAAUCUCCAGUGUGCAUCUGCACAUCUGUGACCACAACAACCCUUUCAUCUUCCCCACGUGGAAGCACUCUGGCAGUGACCCUCUCCCAGGAGCCAUCUUCUCCAGGUGCAUCAACCCUUUCCAGUGUCAGCAGCAGUACAUCUUCAAUGACAUCAGUAGGGGUCACCGGGACAGCCUUCACAGACUCCACUCCAGGAAACACAAGGGACACAUCCCUCCCUAAAACCAGAAGUCUCAUGUCCAUCACCUCAGGGCUCUUAGUAACAGCGGUAUCAUCCGGGUCCCCCAGUACUUCUGCGCAGGACACAGCCUCUUCUCCUCCCAACCAACCUACUCUGAGUACAGGUAUCACUACAGAAGCACAAACCAUCAAAUCUGUGGAUACAACUACCACUUCCUCACUCCCAACAAGGGGCACAAACAGUCCUAGAAGUGCUCUCCCAGGCCUGUCUACCUCUACCCCUGGCUCCUCCUCUACUUCCUUGACUGACAGCCACACAUCUCAAUCACCAACGGAAUUGCCCAUGGCUACCAAUCCUGACAGUACCCAAGGGACGACAGUGACAUCCGUUUUCAUCCACAACACCUUUUCUCCCACCGUGUCUGAUGUCUCAAAGACCGGCAGGCCCACUGAUCUACCAACCUCAACUUCUCUCAUUACCUCUUCUCAGGAAACAUCAGCUAUUUCUAAGAUGGUGCAAAGUACAGGAACCACCAGAGGACCUGAAAACAUCAGUUUCAGGACCACCAGUUUGGUCUCCUUGGUGACUGACACCCUCUCAACAGCCACAGUCCCACCUAUGUCCACUCCGAGUGGGCAUAUAUCUCCAGUAACCAAUACCUCCCACAUCCUGUCACCUUCAGGAACCACUAAAACCUUUCUCUCAACCCCAGUCAGUGACAGCCAUAGAACCCAGAGAACAGUGCCAAUUCUGUCAUCAUUGACAACUGAAGAGCCCCUUGUGAUGGGUCCCACUACACAGAGUGAUGUUGCUUCUCUUUCUCCUUCCUCAGUUUGGUCCACACGUAGAGAGGUUCUGACCCUAAGCCCAAGCUCAGUGGACCAUGAGAACCAGAGUACCAGUGUCUCUCCUUCUGCAAGUUCUGACCACAACCCCUUGCCAAAUACUUUCUCAGUGGGCACCUCAACCACAUCCACCCAUGAGUACCCUAAAAUUGUUCAGACAACACAAUCUACUACCAACCCCAGGACAAGUUCAACAUACAUGGGUUCAACAAGCAGUCAUGGUGGCCCAGUUGGCUCUACCUCAGCUUUAUCAUUUUUACCUAUAAACCACUCUUCAAGCAAGACCACUCUGGAAACUUCCUCACCAUCUAAGCAUUCUACUCUAAAGCCAUCCACAGGCUUUUCUUCCUCUGGCUUUACUUCUACUGCUAAGAUGGACACAAACCAGACCACACCAAGUUUCUAUACAUCAAUCAGUAAUUCUUCAUUUUCUCAGCCAGCCAGUGCUCCUGCAGGAAGUUCCAUCUGGAGUUCCACUCCCCUCCUCCCAGGUCACACCUCUGCCCUGUCUGUUACUAGCCCUUCCUCACCAUCUACAUCUUCCUCAGGCUUCUCAGAGAAGGCCGGAACCUCAGGAGUGACCACAACCUCUCCGAGCACAGUGACCUCUUCGCUCUCCUCAGCCUCCCAAGCUCCUCUGGCCUCCACUCCCAGCACACUCCAGGGCUCAACCCUCACACCCCCCUUGGGUCCUCAGCUCGAGCCAGGUGACUCUCUUUUCCCUUAUGGGACAAGGAAAGGAGACCAGCACUUUGUUAAGAGGACUGUGGACUUUACUUCAUGGCUCUUCAGGAUCAAGAUUGGCUUUCCCCUUGGCUCCUCUCUGUGGGAUUCCUUCUAUUUCACAGAUAAUGGCCAGAUCAUUUUCCCAGAGUCAGACAACCAGAUGUUCUCCUAUCCCAACCCACCCACAGGAGGGUUCACCAGCUGGGCCACUGUGGCCACUGUGGCUCCAUUCUGGGCUGACGCUGAUUUCUCUGGCAGCAGUGGGACCAUCUUUUACCAGGAAUAUGAGACACUCUACAAUGAAGACAAUCCACUAGUCCGGCAGGUGGAAUCUAGGAUUAAAAAGUUUACAAAUUACUGGAGCUACAAAGCCAAGUGGACCCUAAAGGUCACAUGGGUCAAUGUCUCUGCCUACCCUGUUCAGCAGACCUCUGGGACCAACACCUACCAAGCCAUCCUCUCCACGGACGGCAGCAGAUCCUAUGCCCUAUUUCUGUACCAGAGCACUGGGAUGCAGUGGGACGUGGCUCAGCAGCAGGGCAACCCUGUCCUCAUGGGCUUCUCCAGUGGAGACGGCUACUUUGAGGACAGCCCACUGAUGUCCAGGCCACUGAGGGAGAGGUAUCGUCCAGACCAGUUCCUGGAUCCCAAAUUAGGCAUCCGGGGGCUUCAGAUUUACAGGUUGCACAGGGAGGUGAAGCCCAACUUCCGCCUCAGGUGCCUGCAGCGACUGAGCAGCAUGCAGCCCCGCUGGACCCUGAGCCCGAUCUUCUGUCCUUGCUCCUGGCAACAGGGGAGAUGGGAUUUGCGGUUCCAGCCCAUGGGCACAGGCAGGCGGAGUCCCCACAGCCAGCACUUGCUGUGCAGCUUCUCUUCCUGGCGCGGUGGUGUGUGCUGCAGCUACGGGCCCUGGGGGGAGUUUCGGGAAGGCUGGAGCGUGCAGAGCCCGGAGCUGCUCGACCAGGAACUAGAGACACAGAACUGGUGCUGCCGCUGGAAUGACAAGCCCUCCUUCUGUGCCCAGUACCGUGAGCAGUGGCCCCGCGUUGGCUGCACUACCUAUAGGCCCCCUCGGCCUGCAUGGACCUUUGGGGACCCCCACAUCUUCACCUUGGAUGGUGCCAAUUUCACCUUCAAUGGGCUGGGGGACUUCCUGCUGGUCCGGGCCCAGGACAGCAAAUCCUCCUUCCUGCUCCAGGGCCGCACGACCCAGACUGGCUCUGCCAAGGCCACUAACUUCAUUGCCUUCGCUGCUCAGUACCAGGCCCAUAGCCUGGACCCCAUCACAGUCCAGUUUCUCCUCAGGCCCAAUGACAUGGUGGAUGUUCUGCACAACAACCGGACUGUGACAUUUGAGGCCAGCUGGGAAGAUGCCAAAGGCAUGGAAACGUUCAAUGCCACUGGAGUCCUGCUGACCCGCAAUGGCUCCCUGGUCUCAGCCAACUUUGACGGUACCGUGACCAUGUCGGUGACUGCAGUCUCCAACAUCCUGCAUGCCUCAGUCAGCCUCUCAGAGGGGUACCAGAACCGCACUGAGGGCCUCCUGGGACUCUGGAACAACAACCCACAAGAUGACUUCAGGAUGCCCAAUGGCUCCUCUGUUCCCCAUAACAGCACAGAGCAGACGCUUUUCCACUAUGGGAUGACCUGGGCCCUCAAUGGAACACCACUCUUCGGCAUGAGAAGUGACCCGCUGCCUUCCAACUUCACCCCGGUCUUCCUUUCUCAACUGAACAUCUCCCUGGCCUCCGAGUGUGAAGGGAACAUACAAUGCAUGUACGACACGAUGGCUACCGGAAAUGCCAGUGUGGGCCUGCACACCAAGGGGCUCUUCAGAGAGUACCAGCGGAUGAAUGCCACCCUCAGUCAGUUCCCGCCCUCCAUUAGUGGCUGCCAUGUGCUUGAAGCCUACAAGGGCCAGCCCUCCCAGUGUCAGUGCACCAGCUCCUCUGCCGUCACCUUCAGACUCCCAAGGCCCCUCACCUCCUUCCAGCUCUUCGAGAAUGGGACUUUGCUGUGGACCCCAAAGUCGCCGAAGCCAGUCACCCUGGAGAUUCUAGCUCAAGACGCUGAGACUGGCUUGUGGUCUGUCCUCCAGCCCAAGACAGUGGCUUGCUUUUGCAAUGAAAGCAGCCAAUGUCUGUACAAUGAGACCCGUCGGGUGGGCAACUCGUCCCUUGAGGAGGCCAGCUGCAAGUGCAACCAUGACACCUUUGGGCGCCUCUGUGAGCGCUUCAAGGAGCCCUGUGAUGAGCAGUGCUUCCCGAAUGUGCAGUGCACCCCAGGGAAGGGCUGUGGGGCCUGCCCCCCGCACAUGACCGGAGACGGGAAACACUGUACAGCCCUCUGUCAGAACCAGUCCUGCCCUGAGGAUUACUGCUACAACCACGGCCACUGCUACGUGUCCCAGGCCCAGGGCUGCCAGCCCGCUUGUACCUGUCCUGCGGCCUUCACAGACGCCCGCUGCUUCCUGGCAGGGAACACUUUCAUUCCCUCUAUUGUCAGAGAGCUUCCCGUGAGGGCCAUCCAGCUGCUGCUCCAUGAGAAAGAUGUGGACACCACCAAGGAAGAUGUGGACGCCUCGGUGGCCUACAGGCUGGAGCACCUGGACGUGUGGGCCUUUCUCCAGAACAGAGAAGUGAACCGCAGCCCAUCUGCCGCAGCUCUGCCCACCCGGCACUGGACGGUGAUCUCGGAGUUCAAGUACCGUCCCCAGGGCCCUGUCAUCCACUUUCUGAACCAUCAGCUCCUCGAGGCAGUGGUCAGUGCCUUCCUCCCCCAGACUCGGGGUGUGAAACAGGGAAGGAGUCGAGAGGCCCGGAAGAACGUGAACUUCCAGCCCAUCAGCAGGGAAGAUGUGACUGACUACGGGCCUCUGUUGAACAUGGGCAACCUGAGCUUGUAUUUCAAAUGCAAUGGUUACAAGGGCUACCGCCUAACUUACAACCCCGAGGAUGGUGUCACCUGCGUGUCCCCCUGCAAAGAAGGCUACUGUCAAAAUGGAGGCCAGUGCCAGCACCUGCCUGAUGGACCGCGCUGCAGCUGCCUGUCCUCCUACAUCUACACAUCGUGGGGUGAGCGCUGUGAGCAGCUGAGCUUGAAACUCAACGCGUUCUUUGGGAUCCUUUUUGGGUCCCUGUGUGCCCUCUUGCUGCUGGGGGUCAUUGUCUGGGUGGCCCUGCGCCUAUGGGGGCCAUCCAGGCCCAGGUUCUCCUACCCUCUUCCCUCAGAGAACUGAGCCCUCGCCCAGGUGGCAGCUGUGCCGAGGAGGCCUGGUAGGCCCUGACUUUCCUGCACACUCGAGCACCAUUGCUUCGGGGACACUGGAUUGGGAGGGAAUGAAGGUGACCCAGGGCUCUGCAGGGAGAAGGGAUGACAGAGGACUUCUGACUGGUGUCCUACAGUGUUAGAGCCAAGCACAUAGCAAGAGCCAUGAAGGCUCAACCCACCAAUGAGUGGGUUCUCACCCAGCGCACGCCUGUGCGGGAACACGUGCAUGCCAGCUACAUAAACACACAAGAGAGUUGUUCUAGUUUAACCAAAAUGCAUUCACACAUAAAACUCUGGUUCACUUCUGAUUAAAGUUUUUUUAAAUAAAGUGCCUCUAAAAA